UGCGGGUGCUCUGGGUGGAGGUAGGCGGGUAGGCGAGUAUGGGUAUGGCAGGACGAUCGCUUGGGUUGUUUGGGCGGGUGGCAUCGAUCAUGCUCGUCUCGCCGCAGAUCCCGCAGAAUACAGGCAAUGUCGGGCGGACAGCCAUGGGCAUGGGCUGCCCGCUGCAUUUGGUGGGUAACCUCGGCUUUUCGCUCGACGAAAAGGCGCUCCGGAGGGCAGGGCUCGACUACUGGAAGCAUCUUGAGGUGAGCCACCACGCGAGCUAUGACGCUGCGCUGGAUGCGAUCGCCGCAGACACACGCAUGUUUUUCAUCACCAAGACCGGCCCGGCGUCGUUGCUUGACACUUCGUUCUUCGCGGAUGCUCCGCAGCCGACGGCGGCCCGGCCGGACGACGACCGCAUCUGCCUGGUCUUUGGCUCGGAGAUCACCGGUCUCGGCGACCUGCUGGAGCGCUUCCCGCACUCGACUGAUGCCGGCGGAGUGCAGCACGUUCGUGUUCCGCAAAUCGACACCCACAUUCGGUGCUAUAACCUCGCGUCGACAGUCUCGCUCGUCACGUGGGAGGCGUACCGGCAGUUCCACUGCGCGCUCGAAUGAGGUCCCUGCUACGCCGAGCCGGUGCGCGGGCGGUGGGAAGCAAGGACCUGGUCGGCGACCUUGCGGCAGAGCGCAAUGUGCUCGAGGACGGCCUCGCGGCUGACCGCCGUGGCAAACGCCUUCCACGCGCAGUACGGACACGGAUACACUCGGCGUCCGCGGGAGGCUGAUGCCACCGCAGGUGAGCUGCUUGCGGCUGCAUCGUCAUCGCCGGCUGCGGGGUGGCGGCAAACUGGUACACAAACGACGGCUGGUCCGAGAACAGCUGCGCGUUGUUGACAUGCCGGAUGAGCCCUGCGCGGAGCAUGGCGGCCCCUACAGACUGCGCGUUGUGGCGUGAGCAUCCCAGCUGGGCCAUGAGCCACGAGGCGGCCUCGGCGCCUGUAAACGAAUCGGU